GUGGGUUGAACGUAUAUGUACUUCAGAAAUACUUUGAAGCUUUUAAAGGACUGGAAAUAUUAAAAUAUGUUUAACGGUUCUCGUCCAUUAUGAUGGAUACCACUACGCACGUGAUCGGUUUCGAACACACCCCCCUCCUGUUUUCAACUUCCUCUCCUCCCGCACAGAAAACAAACUUGUGUUUCACUUCUGCAGCCAUGUCGGUGUGCCGUGGUCGGUGUGUGAGUUCAAAGGCGUACGUUCACCCACCAUGUUGAUCCGCCCGGAUGCUGGUCCUCUGGUUUCAUCUUCUCUGUCCGAGGAGGAGACAUGUGGUAAAGAAGCAGGAUGGAUGGUGUCAGCUUGAGCACCACAAGACCUCUAGAAUCAUUUGGCUCCUCUAAGGCAGCCGCAGGAACUCUCUCCAGACUCGCCAACUUAAUUUCACAGGCAGAAAGCAAGCCACUGGCUCGAAACCAGAGGCAGGAAGUUCCCCACCUGUCUACAUAUAUUUGUUCGGAGUGUGGCAAGUUCUUCUCCUAUGCAAGCGAACUGUUGCACCAUCAAGAAGUUGAGCAUACAUUACCCAAACCUCAUCGUUGCCCUACUUGUGGCCAGGAAUUCUCCCUGAAAUCAACUUUGCAGCUUCAUAAGUGCGAUAGUGACAUCCUCCUGUGUGAGCUGUGUGGUGUCAAGUCACAGUUUGGAACUUCAUGCCCUGUGUGCACAGCUCAAACUUCAGAUUUAGGGAACUCAUCCGAAAAGUCACCUCACUUCCAAUCUCAAUUUCUGGAUAGUUGUCCUUACACUUGUGCUCCAUGCGGUAAAGGUUUCAGUCAGAAGCAGGCUCUGCUGCAGCAUCAGCAGGCUGGCUGUAGUGAACUACCAUCCUCAUCAGGUGGUAGCAGCACCCCUAGUGCUCCUCCAUGUUUGGAUGGUGACUUUGACACCUUUGAUUCUACAGACGCAUCUCUAAAUGUCCAGAUGUCAGAAACUAGCAGCAAAGUUGAGUGCAGCCUCCAGCUUUGGCGUGUUUGCCUCCCUGAGACCAGCCAUGCUGAGGAACAGCAGUCUGCUACUCAGAGAAAAAGGACCAAAAGAGAAUGUACAGUGGAAGCAACAACCAGUAUGAAUAGACAAGAGCAUAGAAGGCUAGGAACCAAAAACAAACUGUUGAAGUGUCGCUCUUGUAACAUGGUUUUCAGGAACACCUCUAAGCUGUACUUGCACAGACAGGAGAAACACAUCAGAGAGAAACCCCAAAAGAGCCUAAGUGAGCCUAAGCUGGUCACCACUAAGCACAGGAAAAAAUGUCCAUACCCCUGUCAGAUCUGUGGCAAAGUCUUCUUUCACCACCUCUCACUUCGGGCACAUCUCAGACAACACACAAAGGCAAGCUUUGACAAAGUCAAGUGUAGCGCAAGUAAGGCAAAUCCAGGUGUAGCAGAUAGCAAAAAGGUCCGGGCUGGACGAGGGAGGCCCAGGAAGGUGCACAAGUUGGAUGAAAAGGUAAGGAAGGAGGAAGAAGAUGAGAAAAUGGAGGAACAACCAGGUGUUGGAAAGGAAGAGGAUGUCAGAGAACAUAAUAAGGAGAAAGAAGUGGAGGAGUUGUGGGUGGAGGAACCAGAGGAUGAGGAGGAGGAAGAAGAAAGCGAGUUCCCAUGUCCUUCCUGUGCGGAGAUCUUCUCUCAGCAGUGGCAGCUGCUUGAGCACACAGAGCUCCAUCAGUCCUCGAUGAAACAAAGACAAUGCAGCGUCUGCACAAACCAGAUUGAAGCCCAUAAAUGGCCACGAUCAAAGCGACAUCGACUGUACCACUGUGUUCCCUGUCAGAAAGGAUUCUCAGCCAUGGACUGCUUCUUGGAACACUGUCAGCAGCACCUGCGAGCUCGAGUGGAGGAGGACAGUGUCGCAUAAUUGUUUCCUGUGGCAGGUCAGCGAAGGCUGAGAGUCUACAUAAUGGCACUGUUUAACUUGAAUGGUCAGAGAGUGGAUUGAAAGUUGAAGUCUGUUAUAUUCUCAUUGAUUGGUUGUUCUUUCACUAACUGUCAGAUUUCUGUCAACCUUAAUUCCUCAGAGUCUCAUUGGAUGGAUCUGUACCACUCAUUUCUGUUCAAUGUGGAAAAAUACUUUUUUGUGUAAAGCUAGUAUCUCAGGGUACCUGGGGCUGCCACCACUGUCAAAAGAAUCACUAGCGGAAACAAUGAUGUCUCUGCACAAAACUAAAAAAGAUGGUUAAUAAAGUCAAGCAUGCCUUUUUACAGUGGCACAGCACUGCAAAGUGGACAAAAUAAGUGGUACAGCAUCUAAUACACUUGGAUCUCUCCACCUUUGGGCUUGACUAAACUAGUAUAAAAAUGCCCGACAUUAAGAACAACAUCUUAUAAUUAUCACUUUUCAUUUUGAGCUGUACAUGAGUCUGGCAGUUUGACUAGACUGAACAAUUCCUUUCUAUGCAAACAAAGAGAAGAGUGAGAACAGCCCUGUGAUUUGUGUAUGAGUAAAAUGAGUGGCCAGAACCACUCCAGAUCAGUUUUUUACUUUGGGUUUGUUUGUAGAUGAGGGGAUUUACGCUACUGUUUUACUUAAGUUCUACUGUGAAAAAAAUGACAAAUGCUUUUUUUUUCCCCCCCUUCUACUCUUUUAUAAAGAGAUUACUGAUGUUUGUUGAUAAUAUGAUUAAACUUUAAUAAACACUUCUGAAGAGAAAA